AUAAGUGAAUUUGCAUGAAUGCUUUCUUUCAUUAUUCACAGUGUAAGAUAUAGGGAGAUCUAAUUGUCUUUAGGAUGAAUUGUCCCUAAGGGGAUAGAUGCUCAGUUGCCUGUGUGUAUCAGCUUUUAUUUUUCAUUUUUAUUUAUUGACAAAAUCAAUAUGCUAUUUGGAAACUGCCAGAUUGGUUCUAGAGAUCUGACAGACUAAAAUUUGGAGAGCAACAUAAAGUCGGUCUUCCCAGGAUGUUGCUUGAACCAGCAGAGACCCAGAGUCCUAAUUUUAAAUGGUUGCUUUAUGUGGUGAAAUAGAUUGGAUAUUGGCUUUACAGACAAAAUGCCCUUGAUGUCUUGGAUCUCAGUUCUUCAGAAAGGAUAAUGAGGAUAUUAGAAGGGUAAUUUCUUUUAUUCCUUCCAGCCCUAAUAUUCUGUGAUUCAUCUGAGUAUUAAUUUGCACGCAGUUAUAUGGAGAUGGGUGGAAACAUUGUAAAGAAACUUUGAAAAUGAAUGAAUUUAUACAACAAGAAAAAAUAAAGAGAAAAAAACUUAAUAUCUAUUUUUGGUCCUAACAGGGGUAAGGUAUAAAUUAUUUACCUAAACAGGUAUAAAAUGAAAUUGAAAGUAAUAGAUACGGUGUGCAGGGAAGUUUCCAGGAAGAAAGCUUAUGGGAAGAUGUUGAAACCAGAUGUGAUUUGAACACCUAAGUACUUACAUUUACUUUCCAGUUCUACUUUUUUUUCUGAAAUUAGCUGUAGUCUUUUGCAUAUAGUUGGUGUUCAGUGAAUAUUUGUGGAAUGAAUUGACUAAUAAAAAAUUGUUGGGCCUAGCUCAUCUGAGCUAAGGAAUUUAUAUGGUACAGAUCUUUGUGGUAACUCAAAGAAGAGGUGGCCCAACACAGAUCAGUUAGAUUAGGUUUGACCUCAGAAAUAAUAUUUCCAAUUGAGUCAAGAACCUUACAAAAAGAAAUGUGCUAAAGGACAGGGUUAGUAUUUUUUUCUCCAAAUUUUGUCUCUAUUAAUUUUAUUCUGAACUCACACAUCAGAUUUUCUGAGAGAGAUGUGUCAUAACAUUAGUCCCCUUUGCCCUAGUUUGUUACCCCUUUGCCCAAGCAGUGAGAGCCAGGUACAUUGUCUUCUGCUGGUAGUUACACACCCAUAGGUGAAGGAUAAGGCAACAUGUUUUUGUUUUUUAUUUUUCUUAUUAUUAAGUAGAAAAUACAGCUGUGUUUCUCCCCUCAUGAAAGGGUCUCCAUAGAAAUUUUCUGGACGUGAAUCCUAACCCCUUGGGUAUAUUAAUAAAAUGUCUCCAGGAGCCAGAUAACCCCCCGUGUUUUAUAUAUUAUUGUGUCUGGAAUUGGUAGGUUCUUGGUCUCCCUGACUUCAAUAAUGAAGCUGCGGACCCUUGCGGUGAGUGUUACAGUUCUCAAAGGUGGCACAUCUGGAGUUUGUUCCUUCUGAUGUUUGGAUGUGUUCGGAGUUUCUUCCUUCUGAUGGGCUCGUGGUCUCGCUGGCUUCAGGAGUGAGACUGCAGACCUUCGUGCUUUUUGCCUGAAUUCAUCAAUGGAGACUUUGAUUCUAUUAGGCCUGAAGUCAGAGAAUACUACGCUACUAAGGGAUGUGAGCUCAUUUCAACUCCUGAUCAAGACCACACUGACUUUACUAAGUGCCUUAAAAUGCUCCAAAAGAAGAUAGAAGAAAAAGACUUAAAGGUUGAUGUGAUCGUGACACUGGGAGGCCUUGCUGGGCGUUUUGACCAGAUUAUGGCAUCUGUGAAUACCUUGUUCCAAGCGACUCACAUCACUCCUUUUCCAAUUAUAAUAAUCCAAGAGGAAUCGCUGAUCUACCUGCUCCAACCAGGAAAGCACAGAUUGCAUGUAGACACCGGAAUGGAGGGUGAUUGGUGUGGCCUUAUCCCUGUUGGACAGCCUUGUAUGCAGGUUACAACCACAGGCCUCAAGUGGAACCUCACAAAUGAUGUGCUUGCUUUUGGAACAUUGGUCAGUACUUCCAAUACCUACGACGGGUCUGGUGUUGUGACUGUGGAAACUGACCACCCACUCCUCUGGACCAUGGCCAUCAAAAGCUAACCUGUUGACUGGCAUCCAUAAGUGUGCCUCUGCCUUAUCUCAUUUCUCAACGGUUCAUUGCUCAACAAGAACGAUUCACCUGGGUUUGCAAGAAUCUAAACCCCUCUAGGGGAAGCCCACUGGGUUUAAAGAUGUUAGUGUUUAGAUAAUACAGGUAACAUUAUAAAUGACAGAUCUCAAUUUUAUAGUAGUGGGAAAGAUACAUGCUAAGAAAGCAAAUAAGCUCCAUUAUAUUCGGUUGGAACCUAAUGGGAAUCAUUCCACUAUACAAUUCAGUACUGAUUAUUCUUCUUAUGUUAUUAAUCAUUCCAUUUAUCCUAGAAAAUUGUUUUUAAUUUGAAUCAGAGAAAACUGUUGAGGUUCCUCUUGGAGUCUAGAACAUCCUUAAAUGUCUAACAACAAGGGCUACCUCUGAGUACCUUUUAGUAUUAGUUUUCUGUAUAUGAUAUAUAUUAUCUUAUACUGAAAAAAAAUUCCUUUCAGAUUGGGGUGUUAGAAGUGCACCAGGUCACUCUGACCUUAUUACUGUCUUUGGUAUUGUCUUAAAUAAAUCAAGAAUCAUUGACCUAAUUGUUAAAUUUAAAAAUAGGUAGUUAUAUAAGCAAUAGGUGAAAAGAGAAAUGAUGUGAAAGAUAAAUGAUGAUUCGUGGAGCCCUACUCACACAUUAACCCUCAAAUUCAAAAGUAAGAAUGCAAAAGUCUAGAGGGGGUAACAGUCUGCAUCAUCAUCACAACCUAAAUGGAGAAAGCUGUGCAGAGGAAACUUAAGCAUAAAAAUUGAAUUCGUUUCUGACAUACCUUGGACUGAAAAACUGUUGGUUCAUCCAGAAGUGUAUUCAUAUUACCAGAAAAUGAGUUUGUCUAUGGGGAUACAUGAACUUCAUAUACUAAGGAGCCUAACUCCAAAGCCUGCGUUCUCAUCCCAGUCUGAUAUUCACCUAAGUUUCCGGAACCUUUUCCUUAGCUGUAAAAUGGAAGCGGUUGGACUGAUGGUGUCUGAGGUUCUUUCCCACACUGAAAUUCCAAAUAUUGACACUUAGCAGUCAUAGGGCUGAUAAUACACACAGUUACUGACUUAGCCUAAACAACCUGGUGCAUCAAAAUGUAUUCACCUUUCUUUUGUAAAGAGACCAUCUUCUAUCUUCUUUCCACCUUUCUCUGUUUUAUGAAACCAACUGUUGACAUACAAACCAUGAUUGAAGGAGAACCUGUCCAACAUGUUUUAUGUACACAAAUCCCUAUGUUGCUAUAAGAAAAGUGAAAGUAACUGUUUUCUUCUUGGUGCUAUGACAGUGUGAGACUCAGGUUGUCUGUAGAGAAUUAAAGGAGCAGUGGCCCGCGUGAUUGUGGCAUUUAAGGAGCAGUGGCCCAUGUGACUGUGGCAUUUAAGGAACAGUGGCCCACGUGAUUGUGGCAUUUAAGGAGCAGUGGCCCACAUGACUGUGGCAUUUUCGGCACUUUUCAUUACUUUCUGCUUGACCGGAAGUUGAGGCUUAGCUAUGUUUCCAUCUUCAGUUUCUGAAGACUAGUUAUAUAUUCCUUACUAGAAAUAUAUUCAUAAUAUAUAAAAGAAAUAUAUCUGUGAUUUUAAAAUUUUGCUACCAAAGAAUGCAUGUUCUAUGUGCCCUGAAAAUGUUACCAGUGUUAAUAAAUGGAUACUUAUCAAAAAA